AUGGUUGUUCAAAAUGUCGAAGUCACGCCUUGCGACGUUCAGCCCUGUGAGCUUUUCCAUGGGCAGAAUUACUCGAUUUCCGUCGACUUUACAAGCCAGAGCGAUGACUUUGUUUCGUUCAAACUUUGUGGACAAUUGGGACCCGUUUGUGUGCCCUUUCCAACUGGAGUCAAGGACUUCCAAGUGACUGCCGGCGCAAACAAAUUCUCUUAUUCAAUGCCUAUUCUAUCGAGCUAUCCAAACAUCAAGGUCGUUGGAAAAUUCGAAUUCACUGGACAGAGCAAGGCCUGUUUCAUGGUGCCGCUGAAGAUCAUGCCUUCAAAAAUCUCCGAAGAGAACGUUUUCCGACUGGAAAAUAUUAUCCCAGGUCUUGACUCACUGUCUCGUAAACAGUCAUCGGAUCAUCACGAUGAUGGAGAUGAGCGUCUCUAA